CCACCGGUCUCCUUCAAUCCUCCUGGGGNCGCCGGCUGGACCGAGGCGCUGCGGGCCGCCGUGGCCGAACUGCGCGCCGGCGCCGUGGUGGCUGUCCCCACCGACACGUUAUAUGGCCUGGCCUGUUCGGCGAGCUGCUCGGAGGCACUGGGCGCUGUGUACCGCCUCAAGGGCCGCAGCGAGGCCAAGCCGCUGGCCGUCUGCCUGGGCCGCGUGGCCGACGUCUACAGGUACUGCCAUGUGAGAGUACCCGAGGGACUCCUGAAAGACUUAUUACCAGGACCAGUGACCCUGGUGUUGGAACGCUCAGAGGAGCUCAAUAAGGACCUGAACCCCUUUACUCCCCUUGUAGGCAUCCGGAUUCCUGACCAUGCCUUCAUACAGGAUUUGGUCCAGGUGUUCGGGGGACCACUCGCUCUCACCAGUGCCAACCUUAGCUCCCAGGCCAGUUCUCUGAAUGUCGAGGAGUUCCAGGACCUCUGGCCUCAGUUGUCCCUGGUCAUUGAUGGGGGACCAAUUGGGGACGGCCAGAGCCCUGAGUAUCGCCUGGGUUCAACUGUGGUUGACUUGUCUGUACCUGGAAAGUUUGGCAUCAUUCGUCCAGGCUGUGCCCUGGAGAGUACUACAGCCAUUCUCCACCGGAAGUACGGGCUGCUCCCCUCACACUGAUGUGCUUGUGCAUCUCGGGAAAAGGGAGGGCCCGAGGACUGGUGCUGGACACUGUGUGUCUGUCCACUGGGGACUGGCCAGGCCUCAUUGACAGAGGCCACUGGGACUGCAGCGUCCCUAGUCUGACUCAUUAAGGGAGUGUGUCUCUCUGAACACUGUAGACCAAGCCCCGGAAGCUGCUGGUUUCAUCUCACACCUGGUGGGGGAGGUCGUAGUUAUUAUCUGUAAUUUCACAUAUCAGCCAAAAGCUGACUUAGAGACUUUGAGAACAUUCCUAGGAUGGCCUUGUUCUAAUAAGUUUCUUUUUAAAAAAUCUUUUUUGAAAAAUAAUUUGAGGAACAGAUUUGGAAUCCAGUUGGAGCCGCCUCUCUGGCGGGUAGUGGCAUUUAAGGUCCAAAGCAGCCACAGCACCAGCUGGUGCUACUCAGAGGUCUCCAGUGACCAGAGGCAUGUACUUAGGCACCUGAAGCUGGAACCAGAGUAGGGUAAAGAUUGUUGAGCCACAGGCCCGACACUGUUUACUCUGACCUGGAGAGGCCGGUGGUGUGGUAUGCGGUAAGGCCUGGUGAAGAGAGUCAGCAUUUUGGACUCAUGGUGGGAAGUGAGCUCAGUUGGCAAGGGGCGGGGGUGGGGAAGUCCAAAUUAAAGAAUACUGGAAAACAAAUCUCCACUAUUCUUUUCAGCCAGUGGCUUUUUUAAAUUUAUUCAUAAAAUAAAUUAUAAUGAGUUA